AUGAGUACAAAUGAAGGUCUUUUGUCUAAUCCAUCGCAAUGGAAACGACCCGAGGAAAUCCUGAAAAUGCAACGUCUCAAGAGAAAACAGAGAGCGUUGCAGGAUCGCAUAAAUAAUCAAACAAAAAGUGCCAGUGGGUCUACGUCGAACCAAGCAAGUGAUGAUCCAAUCGCGAACCGUUUUGAAGCCGGAACGAAGAGAAAGAACCCUUUCUCAAGCAACGUGGAAAGCUCUGCUAAACGGCAAAAAGAGGCUCAAUCAAGUGAUCUUAGUAACGGCGAUCAAUCAAUAUUUGAUCUGUUGAACAAAACGCAAGCACCAACUGUGCCCCAGCUUGAGGCACCGGUGGUAAAACCAGUGCUUGAGCAACGAUUUUUGCAAUAUUAUUGUCCAGUUGAAGCGGCGCUGUCCGAGAAGGAAGUGGAGGAGCCUCCAACAACCAGCAAAGUUGUCCCGAUUCAUUGGAGCAUUAAGAACAAGUUGCGAAUCAUCUGCCGGACACCUUUACCUGGCACAAAUUUGAAAACAAACCAAGAAGCCAGCGGUCUCACUUCGUUCGUACGUUGCAUCGAUACAAAAGAAUCCUCUACAGGACUGGACAUAUCGCCAGGUGCUCGAUUCUAUCAAGCCACACUUUACUGGCAGCACCCGUACCUGCCGUGGUACACAUUGUUCCCUAGAAACUCGAGAAACAACAACUCACAGGCGCCGCUGCAUGAAUCUGUUCGAGAAGUUUUAGCGAAGGAAUGGAAUACGAGCUUUCGAAACUUGUUCCAGCUGGUCCGGGCGCGCCAAUGUCCGUACUUUUAUCUUUGUGCCAAUUCGUUUACAGUGCUUUUCCGUGCCGCUGGCAUAGGCGGUAGAGUCGACACUCACGCGCUCCUUACGCCAACUACGCGAGGAAUGCGAGCUGCCUUAAAGCAAGAGGAGAUUGAAUUCACAAUGCCACUAAAGAAAGUAUCGACAAUAACUCAAGAGUCGUUGAAUCGUUCGGCGGAGUCGGGCAUUGGAAACAGCAGCUUUUCCAAUUCAUCCGAGGAGCAAUCGCAAGCGACUUCCACUGAAGAGACGGCUGACCGUUCAUUAGGCGCGGAGGAUGAUGAUGACGACGAUGACGAUAUGAGUAGCGAACAGUGGCUCGAAAGUCUUGGAGUGGAUGCGGCCGAAAUCCGCAAAAUUAGCGAAAAUCAGAGGAAAAAGCAACACCAGCGCGAAUGUGGAUCUGAUUAUAGCGACCAGUCGCUGGUGCUCAUCGAAGGCCCCGAGUGUCAAGCAUUUUUUAAUUUCCUCCUCAAUGCAAAAAGCACCAUUGCAAAGGUAGGACGGUUGGCGUGGAUUCCGCCGACUCUUUUAGCGCCGGUGUCCUUUGUAGGGGCCGCCCUUCGGACAUUGCAAACGCGGUCUAGCAAAAUACGUAUGGAUGGAGAAGAUUACUACAGCACUGAACUGCAGGGCGUCAUCCUACCGCACAUUCUGCCCUACUUAACCGAUCUUCUGUGCGAAAGUACGGACAACUAUAGUGUCACACUUGCGACCGUGCCCAGUACGGCAGCGCUAUGCGAAGCUUCGCAAAAACUCGUCAACGAUGCGGACAAGGAGAAUGAUGCUAACGCCCUGGCAGCUCCCGUGUUUGGCAAAGAGAACCUUUCCGACUGUGGCGUUAAUAUGCGCAUCGUGGAGCACAUGUGCCGCGUUACUAAGGACUCAGUUUUUGAUGCGGAACGUCUGUUGUACAGCAAAGAGGCGGGUGGAUUUUCCUGGAGCUAG